AUGGACGACUACAUGUACGAGGAUGACGGCGAAGCUGCUGUCUAUGACGAACGUAAUACUGGCGGAGCCUUCGAGUCCGCCAUUGACCAUGAUGCUCUUCUCAAAGCUGAACAGGAUGAAAGCAUCCGUCAGGAAGAAGCCAUGAGCAAAUUCAUGAACAAGCUCCGUGACAUGAUCAUCUGGGAACCCUUCCUGCUCGACAACACCAUCGACGACCUCGAACUCGUCACCAAGAGUAGCAUAGCCCAGCUCGAAGAGCUCGCCUACCGCCCCCACACACCCCCACCCCCUACCUCUGGCGCCAUCCUCCCCACCGGCUGCCAGCACAUUCAAUCCGCUGCCGUCCUCCACCUCCUUAGCUCCUCGUCUGCCAGCCCGCGCACCGUCUUUCUCCGCCUCAAGCGUGAUCUUGCAAAUAUCGAUGAGUUUAUGAGCAGCGUCACCCCCGCGAGAGUCGAGUCCGUCUACUGGAACGAGUUGGGGAAGUAUGCGUUUAUCAACUUCCUCGACGAGGCCACGGCGAAGGUGUAUCGUGACUACAUGAGCUACCAUCCGAGCCAUCCCUACAACUGGGAGGUCAAGGACACGCUCAUGAACAAUUCUGUGCGUCCCAUGCGCCCCGAGAUCGCUGAGGCCGUAAUUGUCAAUGGCGCCACGCGCAUCCUCAGGCUGAAUAAGGUGCCAAUCAAUGUUCCUUAUGGGCGUGCGUGGCGGAUUGCCGAGACCGGCCAUCCACGAUUCUGCCAUGUGAUUCGCAUCAGAGAGGGGCCCGUAGACAAGGACUUUGCGAUCGAGUUUGAUGAUGUUGGAAAGGCAAUUAGCGCAAGGGAUAGAUUGGCGGCGAGGGCGGAGAUGAGGGGUGUAGGAUUCCUGUGGAUGGGGAAUGAGCUGGAUAGGAAGAUUGAAGAGUUUACGGAGGAGUUGAAUGGUGUGAUGGAGCCGGUGAAAAUUAACCUUCGGGCUUGA